UCCCCCUCCAACCUUCCCUCUUCUUUAAUGGGUGGGCAACCAUGACGGUAGAUGGAUGGCAAUGUCAGACGUCCAAAGAUGUGCAAAGGAUCGAUAUGAGAACCAAGCUUGGUAAUCGUAAGCUCCAGUUUUUCAAGGAUGAAACACCUCUCAAGAGAAAGAGGGAUUUCCCCGUGGAGAAGUGAUGCUUGACUGGAAAAGGAUGAGAACGGUUCCGGGAAACGUUAGAGAAUCGGAUUUUUUGAUGGUUUGCCUGACAACCUUAUCGUGUAAGAGACUGAAUGGUUUAGGCUUUCAUCCCCUCGUGUUGUCGAAAGCAUCUCCUAUAGCCUUCGCCGUGAAAGCUAAGAACUGGUCUGAAUCGUCUCAUCGCUUCUUGAAGCAGUGUGCAGAUGCUGGAAACAUCGAAGCUUGUUAUACUUUUAGCAUGAUCCAUUUCUAUUGUCUACAAAACCGAGGAAGUGGGGCGUCGCUGAUGGCUAAAGCGGCCAUCAGCUCUCACGCUCCAGCGCUUUAUUCACUUGCCGUUAUCCAGUUCAAUGGCAGCGGUGGGUCCAAGAACGACAAGGACCUCCGAGCCGACAUCGCUCUCUGUGCACGAGCCACUUUCCUCAGCCACAUCGAUGCCCUCCGGGAACUCGACCACUGUCUGCAAGAUGGCUAUGGCGUCCGCCAAAACAUCGCCGAGGGGCGCUGAUUCCUCGUCCAUGCGAGGCGACAUGAAUUUUGUCGUUGCUUGGCGUGUGGCACCGUGAACUACUUUUCUCGGGCGUGUCAGGCGCUCGAUUGGAAGUUAGGCCAUAAGGUGGAGUGCGUACCCAUGGAGCGGUGGCUCGGUGGCGAUGUCGAAGCUAACGGAGGAAUCGUCGAGGUUGACGAGGACGAUGCCAUGCUUCCUCUUGUAAUAAACUAAAAAAUAGAGUAUCGUUCCCAUUGAUGAACUAAAUUCCCAGUA